AUGCAUUUCUCAAUCUACCAUUCUGUUGCUAUUCUUGCCGUUCUUGUCGCCGGCGCUGAAAUGUGUUCGGACCUUAAUCCCAGCUGUCCCAACUGGGUGGCAAACGGCUUCUGCACCUCCACAUUCUACACUGACGCUCAAAAAACCCAAUACUGUCCAGCUUCAUGCGGAUUGUGUUCUGGUGUCAGCAGUACUGACGCCUCCGCCUCAACCGCUUCUUCUUCAUCAUCUGGAGUUUGUGUUGACAAUGCUAGCAAUUGCAAAACUUGGAAUGAUAAUGGUUUCUGCGAUUCUACUUUCUACACAACUCAACAAAAAAAGCAAUACUGUGGAUACACAUGCAAUUUGUGCAAUUCGGAUUCUCUAACCACUGUUGGAGGAGCUUCCGACUCCACAACUCAAGCGACUGCUACGACCAGCGCUUAA